AUGCACACGUGUUCCCUCGCCAGAGUCCGUGUGGCGUCCCCCCUUUCCCAUGUAUCCCCCAUAGCCCCACGGUACCCAAUGGGUGCUUAGGCCUCAGGCCUUCGUGGUAGUUGGAGUAUAAAAAAAAAAAAAAAAAAAAAAAAAAAAAUACUAAUUUUCUUGCAGCCCUACCAUUCUUAUCAUCGAAUCGUAAACAGAGAGCUAGAAACUGAAAUCUCUGUUGAGACAUUAGGCCCAAUAAAAGCUUUAAUCUCUACAAGGACCGGGCAUAUGUAAAACAAUAUUGUCUCUCGUUGUGCGGCCUCUGCGUCCUGGUAUUUGGUACUCCAGCGAUGACCGUUUUUGCCCAUUAUACUAGCAGUGUUCCUGCUUGAUAUACCAGGAUUCUGUAACACAACUUCAUCACCAUCAUCACUCUGUUCAUUGUCAGUAUCAGACUGUUGUUCAUCGACAUAAUCUUCGUCCCUGUCAGAUAAUUCACCAAACAAGUCUUCGUCACUAUCUGCCUCAUCUUCAUUUUGCCACACAUUGUCGACCUCAUUUUGUAACUCACGUUGCGUUAAAUGGACGACGAUUUUCCCAGUCAGAAUUUGCCAUAGCUAUAAAAUACAAAAUAAAUAUUAUGAACGUAAACCACACUCUGGGGUCUGCCGUACCCAUUCAC